AAGAUAGCUGUCACCCAGUUUCGUGAUCAAACACACAUUGAAUGAGAAAGGCAAGCCAAGAGAGGCGCAGAUCUCAGGUACCCUAAGUCUCUAGCAAAUAAAACGACGGACAUUUAAAACGAAAAGGAUAUUAACCGAUUUCACAUUUGCAGCCACUUGGAAUAUACGUGUGGGGAAUACCUGGGAAAGAAGAACAGCAAGGACUAAAUCGAAGGAGAGGAAAAAAAACAAAAAAAAAACACUGCGCUUUUCUCGUGGCCACCGUGAAAAGGGGAUUUCUGGCGGACAUGAAGACAAAAAAGGGCAUGAUGAUGUUGUCAGGGAGCGAGACAGACGAGGAUGACGGCAUGGACGCCCCCCUGGACCUAUCAUCCAGCUCGGGGGGGAGCGGGAAGAGGAAGAGGAGGGGGAACCUGCCCAAGGAGUCUGUCCAGAUCCUGAGGGACUGGCUGUUUGAGCAUCGCUACAAUGCCUAUCCCUCUGAACAGGAGAAAUCCCUGUUGUCUAUCCAGACCCAGCUAUCCACUCUGCAGGUGUGUAAUUGGUUCAUCAACGCCCGGCGACGACUGCUACCUGAGCUGCUGCGAAAAGACGGCAAGGACCCCAACCAGUUUACCAUCUCCCGGAAAGGCAGCAAGGCGGGCGACAGCUUCUCCGACAACUCCCAGUCGCCCAAGCACGCCGCCACCGCCACCGGCACGGAGGACGCUUACGACAAGCGUGGCCUCCAUCCCUCCAGCUUCGAGCCCGACGUCCCCAGCGUCCUGAGGAUGACCUCCUCCCCGUCCUCCUCUUCCCCCACCUCAGCCUCCCCGUCCCCGCCGGUGGCCGCCCCCGCCCGCCCGUCCGUCAUCUGUCACACCACUGUCACGGCGACCGUGCAGCCAAGUCACUCCUCCCUUCCCUACUUCCUGAGUUUGAACACAGACAGGGCGGCGGAGCUGCUGCAGUCGGCGGCUGCUCUGGGCGGGCUGCUCAGGUGUAAGGAGGAGGUGCUGGAGAGCCCCGCUGAGAAGACCACCAUCCCUCCCACCACCACCACCACCCUGGAGGGGAGCAUGAGCCCCCAGAGCGGGCUCUUCAACACCCCGCCCCCCACCCCGCCAGACCUCACCCAGGACUUCAGCGGCUUCCAGCUCCUGGUGGAUGUGGCCCUCAAACGGGCAGCCGAGAUGGAGCUGCAGGCUAAGCAACGGGUCUCGUAAGAUCAGGGAGAAAGAGAGAGGAAAGAUGGAGCUGGAGGGGGAAAAAGGAAUAGAGAAUCAACUCGUUUCGUUUCUCACGAGGAACUUGUCUCUGCGAGUUGAAUCAACUUGUCGGUGCGCAACAGAGAACAAACCCACGUCAACAGACGCCUGGUCAUUUCUAUUUUUGGUAUACCAAUCAAAACUGAUGAGGAUUUUUGUAAUAGAAAGAAAAAAGACUGUAUUAAGGUGCCUUGGAUAGUUCUUUUUUUUCUUCUUUCAUAUACAAGCGUAUGUAUCUAAAUGUGUAUCAUUUUUGCACACAGGACCAAAAAAUGUAGGACAAAAGCUGCCUGUUUUACAACUUUCCUUUUUAUUUCCCAAGUUAAAGGUGUUUCUUUUAUUUUAUUCCCCUUCUCCUCCCCCGAGGAUGGGUUGUUUUACAUUUCAGUGAUCUGUCUGCGAUCGAUCUGACUCCCCUCCGUUCUUUUGCACAGCAGGACGGCAGGAGACUCAUCUCUGUGUCUUAAUCAUACUUUGCUCUGGACAUCGACGAGGAACUCUAUUCACUACUGUAGUAAGUGUUAUGUGUUUUCAUGAUAAGAGUAUAGUUUUUGCCUGUUCUAUUUUGCUACUAUUCCUUUCACUAUUUUUCAAAGGAAACCUUUUUUAUUUUAUUUUUUUCUGGUUGAAUUUUGUUGUUGUUUUUCCUUCGGAGGGAAUUCAGAUGAACUUAUUCAGAUGAACAUAUUCAGAGGUAUGUAGCAGGUUCUUAGUCUGAACCUUGUGUCUUCACCCAGAGUAGCAGUGGCCAGUGGACUGGAAGUAUAACACUAUAUAGGUCUGUUUUGCAUUUGUUAUCGUAUUACAACCAGACUGAGCAUCUCAAAAUCACCAAAAAACAACUAAACAAAAAGAAAGCAUUUCAUGUACAAAAGGACCAUGUGUAUAGCUAAUGUGACAUGAUGCCCAAUGAUGUGAUUUCUUUUCAUACUGUGCAAUGUUUGUGGCAAAUAGGGGUCACAUGGGAUUCAAAUAAAGUUUUGUUUUCUACAAAUUUC